AUGGCAGCCUCGACGCCUGCACCAGCCCCGCGAGUUCUCGCCGUUGCGAGCCAUGUUGUAUCUGGAUAUGUCGGCAACAAAAUUGCCGUAUUUGCUCUCCAAUCUCUUGGCUAUGACGUUGCAGCCUUAAACACCGUCCAAUUCAGCAACCACACUGGCUACAGACAAUGGACAGGCACAAAGGUCUCUGCCCAGGAAAUCACAGACUUAUACAAUGGCCUGCGCCAGUCUUACCUCGACGACUUUGACAUGAUGUUGUCGGGAUACAUUCCUGGGGCGGAGGCGGUCGUUGCGGUGGGCAAUAUCGCCAAGGAACUCAAAGAGAGUAACAAGCAUGCGCCGGGAAACUUCUUCUGGGUGCUUGAUCCGGUAAUGGGUGAUAAUGGAAAGAUUUACGUAGCUGAGGAUGUUGUCCCCGCUUAUAAAGGUUUGAUUGAGUAUGCAGACUUGAUUCUGCCGAACCAGUUCGAAGCCGAGCUUCUUUCAGGCGUCAAGAUUGUAGACUUGGAAUCCCUCAACACAGCUAUUCAAGCCCUCCAUGACAAAUAUCGCAUCCCCCACGUUAUCAUCACAUCCGUCAACUUCUCACCGCCUGGACAACCGUCUUCCCAUCUAUCCGUCAUCGGAUCGAGCAUGACAUCAACCGGGAAAGCGCGGCUCUUUAAGAUCACAUUCCCUUCUAUUGACUGCUACUUCUGCGGAACGGGUGACAUGUUUGGCGCUCUCGUCACAGCCCGGAUGCGCGAGGCAGUUCAGGCAGUUCCCGGGCUUAUCAGCCAGCCAAGCUGGUUGAGUGAUGACUCUGCAUCUGCUGCUGAGUUGCCAUUGGCGCGGGCUGCGGAAAAGGUGCUGGCCAGCAUGCAUGAGGUAUUGACCAAGACGAGAGAUGCUAUGCCUGGCGUGAUUGAAAGGACAAGGGCGCGGCUGUCGGAACAAGACAGGGCGAGUGGAAAGGGCGAGCAGCAGAUCAAGUCUAAGGCUUCGGAGUUGCAGUUGGUGCAGAAUUUGGAGUGUUUGAGGAGUCCUGGAGUCGAAUUUAAAGCACAGCAAAUAUAG